UUCUAAUCUUAUACAUUUAUUCUCACACUUCUACUCUUCCUCUUUACCCAUUUGAACAUUAUGGGUGGACCAGACCCUGGGAGAGGCGAUCGUGCAAUUUUCAGGAAGAGGGCUGGUACUUUGGUGGAUAAAGCACAUGCCCUAGCAAGUCUCUAUGGCGCGAAGGUAUAUCUUGUUAUAGAUCACCCCCGGGCAACAGUAGUCUACAAUUCUGUGGCAGAUGGUCAAUGGCCACCACCAGAAAAGACUAUGGAGCCUGCUUAUCCCCACGUGCAACGUUUGACAUAUUCAGACAUGGAGAUUGCGAAGGGUAGUGCCGAAAACGAUGAAGUAAAACAGCUUUUGCAGUACUACGAUUACCGUUCGCAGCUUCUACAAUCUAUCGACGAACAAGAUGAAGGAAAUGAUGCGAGUGAAGAAUCUAACACAAGCCAUUGA